AUGCUCCGUGUAACGGGCCGCCCCGAGCACGCACAUCAGCAACGGCCCUGGGGCUACGGAGAUACCUUUGACGAAUCCGCUCUUCCGCCCACGAUCAAGGCCACCGUGGACCGCAUCCGCGCUCUCCCUGGCCUGCGUCUGGGCCGCCUGCGCGACGUGACACUCAACUGGCGCCACUCGUCCUUCCUCCGUCUGGAUCCCCACCUGGACCCGGACUAUGACGGAGAGAACAUCUUUAUCCUGUCCGUCGAUGCGCCGGCGGUGCUCACCCUCAGUCCCUACAACUGGUACCGACUUACUCGCUGGAUAUCCUGGCUGUCGUUCGAGGACGAGCGGGAGCAGGUACGGCGUGAUGCCGAGAAGUCGUGGACAUCGUACGACAUUGACGUGCUGGUUACGCCGGGGGCGCUGCUGCACCUCAGUGGUGAUGCCCGGUGGAAAUGGGCCCACGGGACACGGCUGGGAGUGGAGCUGCCGGUGGCGGGGGGUUUGCGGCGCCGGCAGGGAGGUGGAGGGGGAAAAGUAGGAGCAGAAGAGGGAGGAGGCGGAGCAGGGACAGAGAGAGGGGGGAAUUCAGGGGGCUUGUUGCAUUGGUUUGGUCGGCCGGAUGAGCUGUUCGGGCCGACCCUGGAGCGGCACAGCGUGGUGUUCGCGUUUGCCGAGCCGGACGCGCAGCCUCGGCCGGCUCCUUCGCCAGCACCCUCGCCCCUCGAAAGCCCCUCCGUCCGCCAGUCCCUGUCCUGUCCCAUCUGCUGCGACCUGCUGCUGCUGCCGGUGGUGACACCCUGCGGACACGCCUACUGCCAAGACUGCUUCGAGACCUAUCGACACCACGCCAGUGAGGCCAGUGAUGCCCGGCCCUCCGCCGGCCGCCUGCACUGUCCCAUGUGUCGAGGGCGGCUGCCUCGCUCCCUCACCCGUCAACCCCUGGCGCCGUGUACCGCGCUGGCGGAUAGCAUCGCUGCGCUGUGCCCCCGGGCGCUGCGGGAACGGCAGCUUCAACAGAGGCAACACCACAAUCACGACGAGCAGCAGCAGCAACGCCCCAGAGGGGGAGCUGGCGGUGGCUUCAGAGGUGCCGGCCGUGGCCUGCGUCAACGGCUACGAGCAAUUCUGAGGAUUUGUUCGGCGGUUGUUGAGCGGCUGCAGCAGCCCGUUCUGGAAGUUGUUAUUGUGGCCGGCGGUGUCGCCCUCUACGUGGUGUCGUUCAGCUACGCGAUGGCUACGGCGCAGGGGGUGUUGGCUUGGUGGUACACGUGGCUCACCAAGUGGAGCGCGCAUGCGGGCACUUUGCGGGACUUCUCGUCGUGUUGGAGGGGGCUGAGGUCGACACGGGCGCGUCACAGGCGGCGCGGGUGCUUACUGGGGCUGGUGAAGGGGGAAGAGCGGAGGGGGAGGACACGAUGGCGGGAGGACGGCGGGUUCGGCAGCUGGUUGGCGGCUCAUUGUCGAGAGCUGCGGUUGGCGGUUGUGGAGAUGCGGUCGCAUGAGGGCCCCGUAGCGGGUAGCGGCAGCUGGGCUGGGGUGCAGGGUGUGGGCGCGUGGGUCGCGGCGGUGCAGGGGGCGCUUGCGGCCGUCUGUGGCAACGGUGGCGGUGAGGUGGCUGAAGGGCAAGGUGGGUUUAGCCCACGGCGCAGGUGUACGAGCAAGAGAACUCUACGCUGUCGGUCAAAAGGGAACUGGAACCGCGCAAACAUUAAGGAGGUAUCCGUUGUACCACAUGGCGAAAAUGGAAAGCAAAGUCAUAAUGUGCAGGAAAUGGUGAAAACUGGUGCAAGCUUAUCAGGUAUCGAUGUACAGUCCCUGUCCUGUCCCAUCUGCUGCGACCUGCUGCUGCUGCCGGUGGUGACACCCUGCGGACACGCCUACUGCCAAGACUGCUUCGAGGGCUACCGGGCGUCGCGCCGGAUUGAUGAUGAGAGUUCCUCCAUCUCCUCGCACUUGCACUGCCCCAUGUGCCGCCAUCCGCUGUCACAAAGCAAGGCCCUGGCACCCUGCAUCGCGCUGGCGGAUAGCAUCGCAGCGCUGUGCCCCCGGGCACUGAGGGAGCGGCAGCUUCAACAGAGGCAACAUGGGGAGCAUGGGGAGGUGGAACCUGCACAGAGGCUGAAUGGUGAAGGCGGUGGCGGUCCGGGCCUGCGGUUGCAGGAACUAUGGGCUUCGUGUGCAGCUUCUGUCCGGGAGGUGAGACAGCGGCUCAGGAGGGGCAUGCAGGACCUCCCAAAAGGAACUGUAGUUGCCUGCGGCGUGGCCAUGGGCACUGCCGUCGGGUUGGCGGUGGCCGUGCUGAACUCAUAUAAGAGUGAGAUCUGGAAGCCCUCGUUGAGACAACACCCUGUGAUUGGAGAUUACUUCCCGGAUAUAGAGGAUUUAGUGCAUGGAGUGACUAAUUAG